AUGGUAUGGCAGGUGCAAGAGAGAUGUUUAGGUGUCUGGGAGCGCUGCUAUUUGGCCUUACCCAUCGGAAGCCAACAAGAUGUUGAACACGGGUUUCAGGAAUUGACAAAAAUCUCUGUGGAAAAUCCAGAACGUACCUUUGAUUUGGUACUGAAAGUAAAAUGCGAAGCAUCUGAAAAUGAAGAUCCAGUGGUACUGUGGAAGUUCCCGGAGGACUUUGGAGACCAGGAAGUGCUGAACAGCGUUCCAAAGUUCUGCUUUCCUUUUGACAUUGAAAGGGUGUCCCAAAACCAAGUAGGACAGCAUUUUACCUUCGUGCUCACUGACAUUGAAAGUAAGCAAAGGUUUGGAUUUUGCCGUUUGACGUCAGGAGGCAAGGUCUGCCUCUGUAUUCUAAGUUACCUACCAUGGUUUGAAGUGUACUACAAGCUCCUAAAUACCCUGGCAGAUUAUUUGGCUAAAGAACAGGAAAACGACUCGAAUGAUUUGUUAAAAUCAUUAUAUAACCAUCCUGUGCCAAAGGCGAAUGCUUUAGUCAGUUUAAGUGUG